AUGUGGAUUGGACUAAAAUUGGAAAAGGGACAUUGUGUUCUUACCAAUAAAGUGUUAAUAGGCUUCACUUGGAUAUCCGGAGCGGUGGACUCGCAAUAUUCUAACUGGCAGCAAGAACCACAAGGCACUUGCACAGAAGAACGCUGUGUAGCUAUGCAUUACACUCUGCAUCCCUCGCAGCCUAAUAGAUUGGAGUGGAUAGAUCGAUCCUGCAGAGAUGAAGCAGGGUAUGUGUGCAAGUUUAAUUUUAAGGGGAUGUGUAAAGUUCUGCGCCUGGCAGGACCCGGAGAAGUGUUAUACACAACACCAUUCUUCACCAAUCAAAUAAGUGAGGAUAAUGCAUUUUUAUUUCAGAUACCUCAUGGGACUCUUGCAACUGUGUCAUGUAAAGACAGCAGCCAUGCUCUUGCCGUUUGUAAAGAAAUGAAUGGAUUUUUUGGAUGGACUUCUUAUGGUCCAUUUUGCGAGUCAGAUAAACAGGGCUGUAAGUUCGAAAAUGGGGGUUGUGACCAUAAAUGCACAGACAACGUUAACGGAGGUGUUCGAUGUGAGUGUAAGGAGGGAUACAGUCUCGCCGAGGACAAAGCGACUUGCAUCCAAAUAGAUCAUUGCCAGCGAUCUCCUUGUGAGUUUCGGUGUGAGCAGACUUUUGAAAGUUUCCGUAGUAUAUGUCCAGAAGGAUUCCAACUCACUGAGAACCAACGAAACUGCACUGAUAUUGACGAAUGCUCAUCCAAUCCCUGCGACCACCUGUGCAUAAAUACACAUGGUAGCUUCAUCUGCAUUUGCAGAGACGGGUUCGAAAUGGUGGACGGGAGAUGCCAGAACAUAAACGAGUGCGAUACCUCUCAAUGUUCACAGGGGUGCAUUAACACGCAAGGAUCUUUCAGUUGUUAUUGUAUUACGGGCUUUCACCUGUCUGAAGACAAACGCAGCUGCAACGAUAUUGACGAAUGUGUUAACAGCCCUUGUGAGGAAAGAUGUGUUAAUACACAGGGAAGCUAUGAGUGUUUUUGUAAGGAACAUUACAAAAUAGCACCCGAUGGCAGCACCUGCAUUCUGGACCCACUUUUAUCAUCUGAACACAUUUUUACCACAGAAAGUACUGAAAAAGCAAAGAUAAGAUGA